ACUACUGUGUGUUCUUUUGAUUUUGGGGUUUCUCACACAGCAGUCCCACAGUCAGAUUCGGUUUUACAAAUGCGAUGCCUUGCUUGCUGUAUGCACUAGUCUUAGAUCGCUCAGCCCUCUGUGCACUUUAUAAGAAACCAGUGUUGGCUUACCAGUUUGUUUACAUUACCCAUGGUAGUUUUAGAUGCAGGCACAGAAGCUUCCUCCCUCGAAGCUUUCUGGCCACCUGUCACUCGAAUGUGAACUGAACAGCCCGCCCCCUGCCUCCUGCUGCAGCUACUACUCCAAUACAGAAGUGCAGUUACAAUAUUUGACCACCAGAUGGCUCAGUAAAAAAAAAACCCUGUCAGCAAGAAUCAAAGGUAAAAGACAUCCUCUGGAAGGUAACAGUGAUUGCACACACCUCAAAUGCUUCAAGAUCGUCUUACUUACAAGAGGCAUACUGCAAUAGCCAGCAUUUCCAGAAAGGUGGUCAACCCCAAAUAUACGGUUAGAGCUUGAUACGACAGCUAAGCAGAUUAUCGGGUUUUUUCUAAACCACGUCAGAUCUGAAUCCUGAGCCCUGCUUAGUGCGCCCAGGUUAUGACUCCCAGCAUCUCUUACAGUGCAGGAGUGGGAGUGCCCUGUAUGUGCUUGCGAUUUCCAGAGAGUGCAGUCACCAGGAGGGCAGGCAGGUAAUGAAAGAGCGACAGACUGGUUCAGUGUGUAGACCCAUUGGCCUGUGUUGUGAUCUCCGGUGACUGAGCACUGCUGGUAAUGGGGAGAGGUCAGUGUAAUCUUAGUCUGACUGAUAUAAACGGGCACAGAGGUCAAGCACAUUUUUCAAACCACGUCCAGCCUCAGAGUCCUCCAGGUUACACUCUGGAGAGCAGACUUUUCUCCAGAUUUCUCUAAGAGAAUGUGUAAUGUAGAGGAAUGUUCACAUACUGCUGGCCGCUAGUAGCUUUACACCCUAUUGACAGUAAUAUGGAAGAUGUUUUCAAAGACCUUUUAAUAACUUGCAUAAAGGAACACACUCCCUCUGAAAAAAGAGCAGUCUUUUUCAUUACACAGAGAAUGAGGGCAGCAAUAGCAAAUUAGAAUGCAGUUUGGAGCUUAUAUAAUCUGUGUCUGCCCUCUGAAGGACAGACAAGGCCAGUCUAGCAGGCUCCAAACAGGCACAAUGCAAACUACCAUACAGAAUAAAGCCUUUAAGUACUGUAGCUGAGUGGAAUAAUUAGUUAUUGGAAGGCAGGGAAUUCAUUUGAGGGCUUGCAGUGAAACGCACAUCAGCACUGGAAAAAAAACAAAACAGCCUGUGUAUUAAUGCAUGGAAGCAUUAGAAAUGGCCUUAAUAAAACCAAUGAAGGUUUGACAUUUUUAUAUUAAAUAUUGCACUGAGAAAAUAAUUUGCGAGUGGCCAUUUGAAAAAUAGAAACACGCUCAUAACACUGUCAGCAGGGUGUAGAGGGACCAGGGGCAUCCCGAGCGGCUCUGAUUGGAGCCUGUAAGGUGUUUAAAUGGUUCUGGAGGGAUACCUGAUCAUUCCUCUUAUAUCACUGGAUGGAAAUCUGCAGUGGAGUCCUCCCUUCUGAGACUGUUCCUCAAACAGCAGUCAUUUCAAUUAAACUGCACUUGCAAGAUCAAAAACCAGAUCCAUUAAUUAAUCUAGAAGAAAAGAAAUGGACGCUUGACUUAAUACGGCCCAGGGACAGCACGGGCAAAUGCAACUGGGUGUACAGUUUAAUUAUUAAUGAAAACACAUGAAAGUCACCUACAGCAUCUGUAUCUGUGAAGCAGGGCUCAGUUGUGUCGAGGAAGCUGUUUUCUCCUGUUUGCAUGCCCAGUGGAACGCAGCACAUCCCCAGCUCCUCUCUGAAUGGUGCUCCGAUUACACCAGCCAACCAGUACAUCCCAUGUAAAUGACAGUACAGUGGUGUGCUCCCCUCCCCCUCCCGUCUUCCUCCUAGGUGCUGCCUUGUUGUUAUGGUGACAGUUCAAGGCUGUGCCUCGCUAGCUUGUAUUAUUGUACAGUGCAGAGGACCUGCGCUUCCUCCAGUGUAGAGAGAGAGGAGAGGGAGGGAAGCAGGAUAACAGAGAGAGCGCAUCGCUAGAGACGGAAGAGCCGCAGACUGCCUUGGCAGCGAGCAGCACAAUAGAGCAGGCAGGCUUGACAGCUGCUAGGGCUGGCCUUGUUAGUGCUUAACACUGAUGCUGAGUCACAGUCAGGCUCCCUGCAAGCCCUCUCUGGUGUGCCUCCUCCUUCAGGAACCAUGGAGGAAAUCGAGCAUACGUGCCCUCAUCCCCGGACGACACUGACAGAGCCGGCUGCAUUUGCAGAAGAGGGGAGCUGUCAGUGCCGAGCCCCUCAUGAGAGAUUAACCAUUGCACAGGCCCGCCGCGGGACUCCAGUGGACCGGCCAGUGAGGGUGUACGCUGACGGGAUAUUCGACCUUUUCCACUCGGGCCAUGCCAGGGCGCUCAUGCAGGCCAAGAACCUCUUCCCCAAUGGCUACUUGAUAGUAGGAGUGUGCAGUGACGAGCUGACCCACAAGUACAAGGGCUUUACAGUGAUGACGGAGGAGGAGCGCUACGAGGCCCUGCGGCACUGCCGCUACGUGGACGAGGUCGUGAGGGAUGCUCCCUGGACCCUCACCCCAGAGUUCUUAGAGAAACACAAGAUUGAUUUUGUUGCUCACGAUGACAUUCCGUACUCUUCUGCCGGCUCGGAAGAUGUCUACAGGCACAUCAAGGAAGCAGGCAUGUUUGCGCCAACACAGCGAACGGAAGGCAUCUCCACCUCUGACAUCAUCACAAGGAUUGUGCGCGAUUACGAUGUGUACGCCCGUCGCAACCUGCAGAGGGGCUACACCGCCAAGGAGCUCAAUGUGAGCUUCAUCAAUGAAAAGAAGUAUCGCUUACAGAACCAGGUGGACAAAAUGAAGGAAAAAGUGAAGAACGUGGAGGAGAAAUCCAAACACUUUGUUUAUAAGGUAGAGGAGAAAAGCCAUGACCUGAUUCAGAAGUGGGAGGAGAAGUCCAGGGAGUUCAUCGGCAACUUUCUGGAGCUGUUUGGUCCUGACGGGACUUGGAAGCAGGUGUUUCAAGAAAGAAGCGGCCGGAUGCUGCAGGCCCUCUCCCCGAGGCAGAGCCCCACAGGCAGCCCCACGCGAAGCCCCACGCGAGAGCGCUCCCCUUCCCCCACCUCCCGCUGGCUGUUCAACAAGACCUCCCCGCCCUCCUCCCCCAAGGCAGCCUCAGCCUCCGUCAGCAGCAUGAGCGAGGGGGAGGGGGAUGAGAAGGGGGGAGAGGAGCCGCCAGCGCUGGAGAGAACCUCAGGACCGACAGCAUCCCUCAUCAGAGCUCCAUCUCAAACCAGCAGCCUUCGGAUGCAAGUCUCUUAAGUGUGCUUUAAAGAAACGUGGGUGUGGCGCAUUCAACAGAGUGGUUAGGUGCGCAAAUAUUCCCAAUCUUGAUUAUAUUCAGGAACUGGAUAUACUGUAUCGUACCCAACCCUCACCUCUUCCUACUUAAUGCACUUUGUGGUGAUUACUGUUAUUAUUAUUAUUGUUAAUAUUAUUAUUAUCAUCAUCAAUUAUGAACCUGGGAAAGAUUGAAAAGCAUAAUUUAAAAUCAUUAAAGAGCGUUUGUAGAAAUAUCUAUUUCUACUCUGUUUGCCCAUUAUUGGCUCACAAAGAUGCAGUUUCAUUAAUGUUUUUAUUCUUCGGUAAACCUUUAGGACACCCCCUCAAUCUAACUGUUAUUUUAAAUGCAAGAUAAAAAGAGGAUAUAAUUGUCAUCAAAUACACAGAGCGAUAAUACGCUACAUGUCCAGAAGGGGGCAUUAGUGUAUAUACUUAUUAAUGUCAAUAUACUCCAGCAACUUGAUCAAAUUAUUUUCUUAUCUGUGGCUGAUUUAUUGUGCAGUGUUACUAGCUACAUAUCUCUAGGCAUGGUAGCAUGUUCCAGGAUAUGAUUUUUUUUUUUUUUUUUUUUUUUUUUAGCCCCUGCAAAAUCAUUGCUGGGAACUAAGACCAAGUCUAAUGUUAUUUCAUAAUGAUGUAAAGAAUGUAACAAACAGUACCUAGUAGUUAUAAAACCUAUAAAAAAAAAACUGCUGGUGUCAGAUGUUCUGAACAUCGAACCCAGGGAUGGCUCCUGUUGCAUAGCAAUUUGAUUCAGUCCUGGUUUUGCUACGAGUUUAAGACGACACACCUGGGAUCGUUACCUAUACACUGGGGCUAAUCAAGAUUGUAUUAAAACCUGGACUGGGUGAAACUGCUAUGCAAUAGGAGUUGUAUUGUCAUCCCUGGUUGCACUGAAUGUACUUUAUGAUAACUCCAACCACUGCCUUCAUGCAUCAAGCUUCCUGUGUACUGCCCAGAUUCCCUUUGUUAUUAAACCUUAUUUUAGACAUAGGAUUAUGUUCUCCAACACAACCUUCAAUAAAACAUGCAAGGGACAAUAUUCAGAUCAAGUGUAAUAGCUGCCUUUACGAGUUAGGACCAAAGUCAUGCCAAUGCAAAAUAUAUGAAUUCAAAUUCAGUCAGUCCCAAGCGUCAUGUAGAUUGUUCUCAUAUUGGAGCAGGACACGUGAUGUGCUUCAGCACACUCAGCCAGUGUCAGGAGUGUUCGUGAAGUACGGGUUUGUUUUGAUUAAUUUGUAUUUUGUUUUUUUUUUAUUUUAUUUUUUACAAAUGAAAUUAUGCAAGCAAAAAAAAAAAAAAAAAAUGUACAAAAUGACACUUCUGAAAUGUAUUUUGAUAGCAGCCCUCAUUCAUCCAGCACUCCUGCUUAGAUGGUAUCCGGUGGGGUGUUUUUUUUUUUUUUUUUUUUUUUUUUUUUGGGUCAUGAUUUUUUCAACUGUAAACUGCAUCCUGGAUAUAUUAAAUUUAAACCAGGAUGAUUAUUCAACUUCUUAUUGUUAGCCUCAGAAGAGGCAAACAAGAAAAAAAUUCCUUUACUGAAGCGAAAAUAAAACCUGGAAAGAGCAACAUAACUGGGUCUUGUGUUUUGUAUGCUUACCGUAGUUGAGGUGCGUGCGUGCGCGCUCGUGUGUGUGUGUUCAGUGUUUAAAUGCUGAAAGUAAGCUCUGCGGACGAUGCAGUAAAAUAGUGAUAGUGUUUACAAACACAUGCAUAUUGAUACUCACAGGACCAGUGCUUGCUUGAACACCUCUAUCGAGACCAGUCUGCUGUGUUCAGCAUCGUGAACCUGCGCUUACUCAACCCAGGUCCUCAAGUACCCCCAACAGUCCAGGUUUUUGUUUCAACCAGGGACUAAAUAUUAGCUUUAAAGCUGGAAUAGUUUUCCAGUGCAGCACUUCUACAUCCUUUGAGACUUGAGGAAUUGUUCAUUACCAGACAAUACAGAUUAAAAUUGCAUACACACGUACAAACUGGGUGCAAUGAUGCUUAGGCUAUAAAAGGGUACUGGGGUAAAAAGCAGGCAAUUCAAAACCUUUAUAGCUUUAUAGGUGUGCGUUGUAAAUACUGAAUACUGUAUAUACCACAAUUAUCUUACAAAUACCAAGCAAUGUGCUUUAAAGUACACCACCCCAAACAAAUAAACCUCACAAUUAGGAAUUCCUAAUCACUUUUCCACUCUCUAAAGCAAUUCCACACAGCACAGGGGACCCGAAGGUUCAGUGGGCGUCCUCCGAUCCCACCAGCUUCCUUUUUCACCCAGGAACCCUACAGUGCAUGUCAGCAAGCUACCGCCCUCUGGUGGACAAAGGCCAGCCCUGCAGGUGUCCUCCUUUGGCCCUACUGGGCCAGCAAUGUUCACUGUAGACCGAUGAGAAGAAGCAGCCCCCGACGUUUUUGCCUCCCUAACCCACGGGAGCGCCAGAGCCAACGGGACGCUCCCUUCAGAAUCCAUAUUUCCUGUACAGGUGAUUUUUUUUUUCAUUACCUACUCAAUCAAAAGAUUCCUUUGCAUUAAUUAAACAAGCUGAAAAAAAAACCAUCAGUGGAACAAAAGACUGUACAAAAACCAACCGGUUAGUUGUGAAACAGUAUUCUAAACCCACCUUUAGUUUAUUACAAGGAAAUGUCUUUAUAAAAUGAAUAAUACAAUCUGGUCAAAUCAAAAAAAGCAAAAGAAAAAAAAAAACAUCCGAAAUGACACCGUUACCGACACGAAUCCCUCAUGAACGAUGACAGCAGGAACCCUUCCUGAGGUUACACAUUCUAGAAGCAGCCUUGCUAGAAUCAUCUGCCGUUCUUAUUAUUUAAAGCCUUUUUUUUUUUUUUUAAAUUAACGCCUGGUUUUCAUGUGGAAAAUGACAUUUACAGCAAGAGCAGUAGUGCAUGUAAAAUCUUGUUUAAUGCUAAAAUACAUACCAAUCUAUUAUUUGCAUUACAAAUCAGUGAUUCUGAAUGACAACAGUAAACAAGCAAGCAACAACUCAGGAGCACCAGUUAUGUAUUUGCCAUUGGACAUUCAUACAGGAGGAGAAUUCAGCAUGCCUGCUCAUGUACAGAGAGGCUGCGUCCCCUCACUGGGUAUGGGGUGGGGCGUAACAGUGCUCUUUGUGAAGUGAGAGAGUAACUUGGUUCUCUUGUCACACCAAACAGGGUGUAUUGUUUUAAAGGAAAAACACAUGAUUGCAUACAAGCAUCACUUAAUUCAAAGCAAACAAUGAGUUUCUCUACCUCAUCUAGUUUCCCCUGGGAAUUUCGAGCACAGAGUGGGUAUUUGUGUAGCUUUACUGUUUGCUGCCUGCUCUCUCUUGCCUCCUUUGUAUUUCACCAUGAUAAAUACAGCCCACUGUAUGUUAAUAGUUUUACCAAAUAUUUGAGUUUAGUUAAACUGACAUACAAGCGAUUGGACUAGAAUACUCCCACAUACUAUCUGGGGUGCUGCAGGAGCCCUGCACAUGAAGAGGGUUUUUUUUGUGUAAAUGAUUACUGUAAAUAGCGUGUGUUUAUUAGAAUUGUUGUAAUUAAUGAAUGAAGUACCAGACGCUCCUGGGAGAGCCUGCCUGCUGUGUGCAGUUGCCAGCUGUGGAAUCGAAUCAGCAGAUAGGUGCGUUCUAGCGGGACGGCAGGUAUAAAAAGGUUCAGUUUAUUCACCUGAAAAGCCAAAGGGGCUGAAGAUCUGAAGAACGUCCACGCGACCUGGACAUAGUGACCGAAAUACCUUGCUAACGGUGAACCGGGAUCCGAGCCAAAAGGAGAAGCCAAAACCGCGACGGCUGGGUGUGUCGCUGGAGUCGGACUUGCGUCUAUGCCAGUAAAGAUGAGUUUGGGGGUGGCAGAUCCCCGUGAAGUACAGAUGUGCAGGCAGGCCCUCUAUGCAUUAUGGAGUAGUGCACGCCGUUUUCACAGCACCUUUCGUAGAGUGUUUUAUCCCCUUUAUGUCCUCAAUGCACUACCAUUGCUGGUAGCAUCACAUGAGUGGUUGUUUGUGUUCACACUAUGUAAAUAAAUCCUGUUUCCCUGUGGCGUGAAGUGAGAGAGUAAAAACACAUGAUCGCAUACAAGCAUCACUCAAUUCAAAGCAAACAAUGAGUUUCUCUACCUCAUCUAGUUUCCCCUGGGAAUUUCGAACAGAGUGGGUAUUUGUACAGCUUUUCUGUUUGCUGCCUGCUCUCUCUUGCCUCCUUUGUAUUUCACGUGAGUGGUUGUCUGUGUUCACACUAUGUAAAUAAAUCCUGUUCGCCUAUGGGGCAUAUCAACUUCAACCUCCAUCUUCAUCUCCUGCCUGUCUGUCACUCAGUGGGCAAUGUACGCACCCUCAGCCAGCAGCCUGUCACAGGAAAAGAAGUGCUCCCCUGAGCUGCAAGAAGG